AUGGGUGGCAGAAGGUCUUAUCUUAUUAAGAUAACCAAGACAUGUUUUGGGGAAACAACGGAGGAGAUAGCACGCAAUUGUUUAAGUGAGUUGGUGGAAAGGUGUGCGGUUCAAGUGGGAACAACUGGUUCAAGUGGGACAAUGAAAACGUGUCGGAUCCAUGACCUUACACGAAACUUGUGUUUGUUGAAGGCAAAAGAGGAAAGCUUUGUACAUAAUUGCUAUUCUUUGCAAGAAAAUGAAGCAACUAAUCCUUUUACUUCUUCUAUGGUAGCCAAGGCAGCACCAUUAGGGAAAGUUCGAAGACUUUCAAUUUACUUGGAUGAGAACCCUGAUAGGUUGCUUUCAUCAAGAUAUGAAACAAAUGGCCAUGAGAGAGUCUUGAAGAUUGAAGAUAUGAAAGUAGAAGUAGAGUUGCCAAGUGAAAUUGGAAAUAUCAUCCACCUAAGGUUUCUAAGUGUGAGGGGUAGCAAAAUGAAAAGGUUUCCACCAUCCCUAGCAAGAGGUAACCUGAAGCUGUCUACUCUUGGUCAUUUACAGACCUUAGAUGUGCUUUCAACUGAGUAUUGUGAUUUGAAAGAUGUUGCUGGAUUAACCAGUCUUAGAGAACUGAACAUAAAACUGGCAAACUCCGUGGAAAAUCUCGAGGAAAUUUUGAAAUUUGCAGGCAGCAUGCUAAACCGUAUCCGGUCUCUAUUUGUGUACAUUGAUUAUAACUCUGCAAGGAAGAGUAGUUAUGAGGAGCAGGUUAGGCAAAUAGUAUCAAGUUGUCGGCAUAUAUACAAAUUGAAGCUGUUUGGGCCAACCGCAGAAUUGCCGAAAGAGCUCCACAGCUAUCCAAACCUCGCCAAGUCACAAUUGCGUAGGUAUGGUCUCAAGGAGGACCAAAUGGGAAUACUAGAGAAGAUACCAAACUUGACAACUCUACGCCUCAUAAAUGAAGCUUUCGAGGAGAACACAAAGAUACUGGUUUUCUCCAAAGGCGGCUUUCCUUCUCUUGAAUUUCUUUUCGUUUAUGGCAGGCGCGAAAUAACAGACUGGAGGGUAGAGGAAGGAGCCAUGCCUAGUCUCUGUCGAUUGCACAUUGAAUAUUGCAGGGGAUUGACGACACUUCCAGAUGGGCUAAGAUAUCUUACUAAUCUCAGGGAAUUAACCAUUACAGGGAUGUCUAAAGAACUCCACAGUAGGAUUCAGGAAGAUGGAGAGGAUUUCUGUAAAAUUCAACAUGUACCUUCCCUUGUAAUUGGAGAAGCGUACUGA